AUGCGGCGCACGCGGAGCGCGGCGCACGGGCGCUUCAGGGCGCCGCCGCUAGCCACGCCCAACUCGUCCAGCCUGCACCGCACGCUGCAGGCGCCGCCGCCGCCGCCGCCCGGCCUCAAGCCCAGCGCGUCGGCCGGCCAGCUGCCCAGCAGGAGCGUGCCCAGCAGUCCGCAGCCCGGCCAGCGGGUCGCCCUCAAGCCGAGCCACUCGUCGUCGACGCUGCGCCGGGAAGCGCCGCAGGCGCCGCCGGCCGCCGGCCGGUCCUACCUGGUGUCCAACGGCACGGCGACGGUGGGGCGCAAGUUUACCGCGCCCGCCGUGCGGCCGGCGCUCAACCCGAGGCCGGCGGUGGCGCCGCUGCGGCCGCCCGCCAUCAAGCCGCCGCCGCCGCCCAAGUCGCCGUCCGUGCGGCAGGGCGGACAGCGACUCUCGUCCUCGGCCCAGCACCGGAACUCGUUCAACGCCAACUCUGGCGCCACAGACUACGAGCGACGGUUCUCCGACCGGUUCCACAGCCUGUCGCAGCUGCCGCCGCCCGAGCCGCUCACAAACUGCUACAAAAUCUACCCCAGCAAGAACCGUGAGUGCACGCUCGUGCGGCGCGGCCGACCGGUGCGCUCCGACGCGGGGGAGUCAGAGACGCGAGGUUUUGUGGGCGAGGUGUUGCUGCCGGGCCUGGCCAGCGGCGGCCUCUGCCGCUCCCAGUCACACCAGGUGGCGCCACCGCCGACGCUGUGA